GCUCUCCCAACCCUGUGCCCCUUUCCCAGAAGCCACCCUGAACAGCCGCAGAGGUUCAGACUUGGGGGGAGGGCAGGGCUGACUCCCAGCACCCCCCCCCCAAGGCCCCCAGCUCAGCCAAGCUUUUCUCAUUAAUCUCAAAGUCAAGGACUUGAAUUAAACUGGGUCAGGGGACAGCCACCCCCCAACCCAGAGCUACAGCUGGGCCCCUUUCCCUGGGGACCCAGCUUCCGUGAGGUUCCACCACCAGCCUCACCCUCCUGGGACCCAGGCCUGUCGUCUUCAGUAGCCCCAAACCUAACCUCAUCUCCACCCGAUCCUCUCUGGCGCCCUGACAGCGUCUUCUGUCCUGGGACAGGCCGAAAGCACCCUGAAUCCUUAUCUCACCUCACCUCAUUCCACAGCCCUAGCCCUAAAAUCUCUCGUCCCUAUUUGAGGAUAUCAAUCCCUGUCCCAGACCUCAGCUGCCUCCCCAGCCUUCCCGCUCUCGGUCCUCUCUCUUGGGUACCCCCUUAUCUGGGACAUAUUUACAAGCUGGGAUCCUGUGGGGGCGGGGUCCUUCUCGCCUAGAACCUCAGGAGCAGAUCUUUCCUUAGAUGACCCUGGAGACUGGCUUCCAAGGCAGGUCUCAGGAACCCAAAUGCUGGGGCCUCAUCUCCUCCCAUUUAGGACUCUUGGGGGUCCAGGCUCCUGACUUUCUCUUAUUUCUGGAGAGAGGGUCUGCAUCCCCAGCGCACGUCCGAGGGAGGAACCUUAAGAAUCUGACGCCUUCUCACAGAGUCACCAGGGGAAAGAGUGGAAAGCGCAGGGGAGAAACCUCUUCCUCUUCGUGUGAGGAAACUGAUAUAGAAACCUUGUGAUGAGCGCCAGUCCGCACAUCCUGCCCCUUGUGUCCACUGCAGGGCUUCAGCUCCAGACCUGGUCAGACUGCAGAGCCUGAGUCAUGUCACCCCAUCCUGCCAUGGUGCUGGCCCUCGUGCUGUGCCUGGGGCAGACAAUCACCACUAAGGAAGGAUCUCUGUCAAAGCCUUCCAUCUCAGCUGAUCCAGGCCUUGUGAUCUCCCAAGGGGGUUGUGUAACCUUUGUGUGCUCAAACCCUGGUGGGUAUGAUACAUUCCGCCUGGAGAAGGGAAGCCAGAGUGUCAUGGAGAAGAAGAACACACAGCCUUCAAUGACAGAGGCUAGAUUCCGCCUUGACCCAGUGAAUGAAAGCACUGCUGGAGCCUAUCAGUGCCUCUAUUUAAAAGGGCGUGAUUGGUCCCCACGCAGUGAGACUCUGGAGCUGAAGGUAACCAGAGAAGAUGUCACCCAGGCUCCUGACCCAGGUCCAACAGUGACUCCAGGUUUGUUCCCAGGCAUGUCUUGGCUGAAGACAAAGGACAUUUAUAUUCUCGUUGGGGUCUCUGUGGUCUUCCUCCUUUGUCUUCUCCUCCUCCUUCUCUUCUGCUUCCACAGCCACCGUCAGAAAAAGCAGGGGCUCCCAAACAGCAAGAGCCAGCAGCAGAGGCCACAAGAGAGCCUUGCUACUAAUGGCCUGGAGAGAACACCAGACAUAGUCACGGAUGACAGGCUUCCAGAGAAGAGAAGGAAAGAAACCUGGACCCCUGCUUCAGGAGGCCUCCAGGAGGUGACAUAUGCCCAGCUGGACCAUCACGCCCUCACACAGAGGACAGUUGGAGCUGUGACCCCACAGAGCACAGACGCCGUGACUGAAUCCAGCACCUAUGCAGCCAUCAUCAGACGCUGAGCCUGGGCACCCCUGGAGACAUGCGCAGUCACUGUUGGAAAAGCCCCAAGCAGCCGUUCAAGGGCUCCUUUUGGGAUCACCUUGGCGUGGAAAGCUAACCAGCCAGUUCUGCUCCAGGCAGAAACUGGACCCUGGAGGCCCCCGUUCCCCAUCUAGGAGUUGCAUUGGGAAGGUGGUAGUAUCAGUCCUUGGAAAGACUAUGUUGCAGUAAGCUCCAGAGCCCAAGUUGCAAUCACCUGGUUGUUUCCAGAGACAGAGUUAGAGCCCCUUAGCUGUUUCUACAGACCCUUCCACAGCCCAGAUUACUUAAUGAACAGCACUGUAAUUGUCCAGUGGCCUCGACACCCCCACUUGUGUAAUGAGCCCAGUGAAACCCUAAAGGCUUCCUUGGAUCCCCUGCUGACUCUGACUGGGUUGUACUCAUGCAGCUGAAAACCAAGCCAUUUCUCUGCAUCAGGCCUCAUGGGGUGCCUCAUGGGUGUUUUUGAAGAUGGAGCAUCUACAACCUGUGUGGAUCUUGGACACACAGCCUGUAAGGACCCAAAUUCUGUCUUUAUAGCUGUUCAGAGAUGAGUGGGGAAAUAAGGGUUACAAAGGCUGCUUAUGAUUCCAUUUUCUUUAAAAUAUAUGUGUAGUUGAACAAGA